GAGCACAAUAAUUCAUGGUAACCCAUUGUCUUUCUCUCUCUACUCCUUACUGAAGGACAAUACUCUCUCUCUCUCUAGAAAAUUUCUCUCUUUUCUCUCUCCCUUCCUCCCUGUCCCUGCUUGGCUCUGUUCAUCCGUCACUCUCUCAUUACCUGCAAUCACACUAGGAGAAACCUCUGCAAUUCAGAACUGAUUCGAAAGCAAUGUCUCUCUGAGCUCUUAUCUUUGAACAGACACAUAUAAACACAACAACAACGCAUUGCUUUAUUUCCUUCUCUCUCUCACUGCAAUCUGAAUUUUGUUCUUGAUCUUCAUAGAGUCCUUCCAUCUGGGUCUCUCCCAAAUCUAUCAAUGGAAGCCCCAUCGCCCAUUUCAACCCACCAAAUCCUUCAAUUCCAAGACAACCCACAACCAGAGUCCUCUCCAAAGCCUCAACCUUUCAAGAAAAACUUCGUCACUUCUCUAAUGGAGGCUGCAACACUACGCACCCCAUCAUUCAAAGAAGACACAUACUUCGUCUCCCACCUCAAAUCCUCAGAGAGAAGAGCACUUCAAGAGCUCAAAGACAAGCUCAUGACUGCUCACGGCCCCGAUUCGAUGUGGGAUGUUCCUCUUCUGGGUGGAGACGAGAGAGCAGAUGUGAUACUUCUCAAAUUUCUCCGAGCCCGAGACUUCAGGGUCUCGGAUUCGCUUCCGAUGCUUCUCAAGUGCCUUGAAUGGCGAAAAGAGUUCAAUGCAGAUAACAUUGUGGACGAAGACUUGGGUUUCAAAGAGCUCGAAGGGGUCGUGGCGUACAUGAAUGGGUAUGACAGAGAGGGACACCCUGUGUGUUACAAUGCUUAUGGGGUGUUCAAAGACAAGGACAUGUAUGAGAGGAUAUUUGGGGAUGAUGAGAAGCUCAAGAAAUUCCUGAGAUGGAGAGUUCAAGUCCUUGAGAAAGGGAUCAAGCUUCUGCAUUUCAAGCCAGGUGGGGUUAACUCCCUCAUUCAGGUCACUGAUCUCAAAGACAUGCCCAAAAGAGAGCUUAGGGUCGCCUCUAAUCACAUCCUCUCUCUCUUCCAAGAUAAUUACCCUGAAAUGGUCGCCCGUAAGAUUUUCAUCAAUGUUCCAUGGUACUUUAGUAUGUUGUAUUCAAUGUUCAGUCCGUUCCUAACUCAGCGAACUAAAAGCAAGUUCGUGAUCUCAAAGGAAGGGAAUGUUCCGGAGAGCCUUUACAAGUUUAUAAGACCAGAGGAUAUUCCAGUUCAAUAUGGUGGACUGAGUCGAUCCAGUGAUUUGCAGAAUGGUCCUCCAAAACCAGCGUCCGAGUUCACGGUCAAAGGUGGAGAGAAAGUCAACAUCCAGAUUGAGGGCAUCGAGGCCGGUGCAACAAUUACAUGGGACAUAGUGGUGGGAUGCUGGGAUUUGGAAUACAGUGCUGAGUUUGUGCCGAUUGCGGAAGGUAGCUACACCAUUGCUGUCGAGAAGCCGAGGAGGAUUGCCCCUGCCGAAGAGGCAAUUCACAACUCGUUUACUGCGAAAGAGGCUGGCAAAAUGGUGUUGUCCGUCGAUAACACCGGCUCAAGGAAGAGGAAGGUUGCAGCUUACAGAUACGUAGUCCGCAAAUCCACAACAAUCUAGUAGCUUUUAAUGAAGAACUAGGGUUAACUACCUUUUGUUUACUCGUGUUUUGUUCUAUCUGGGGGGUUUAGUUCAGUUAUGCUUGUGAAAUGUGAACUUAAUCUAUAUAUAUAUAAAUCUAGUUUCUUUUAUCAAUAA